UACACCGAUCUUUGCCACUGCCAAGAGAAUCACACCGAUCUAGCAGGGAGUGGCAGGGUAGGUCGUUAGUGGGCUGGAAGUGAGAAAGAUGGGGAGACCGCCGGAAACGCCUCCGCCACUCCGAUGGGCGGUGACCUUCUCCACCGCCUUCCUCGAUGGCAGGCUGGAGUGGCGCGUCGGUUCUCUUUACCUGGAUCGUCCGGACUUCUGUUUCUUACGGAACAGCGAUGGGAAGAUUGAGGAAGGGAGGCAUCUUCGGCCUGGGGAGAGGAUCUCCACCGGGAAUGAGAUGGUGCUCCUUGACUGUGUCGUGCGCGUUGGAGCACGAGUCCUCCCGGAUCGAUGGCGGCUUACCCUCGCGCCGGGAGAUCUCUCGCCGGCGAUGGCGGCUUCUAGUUCUGGAUCACGUUUCAAUGUCCUUGCUGAGCCGCAGGUCGGGGAGGAUGGCGAUGAGGCCUCGGCCGUAGAUGCUUCGUCUGGAAAGGAGCAUGUGGCGAUGAAGGCUGCUUCCAUGAUCCUGUCCGAUGAGGGUCUAGCGGACGGAGGUGCUGCCUGGUCCACUGUCUCGCGCCGUAGGAAGACAAAGGAAGAGCUGGUGCAAGAGUUUUGGGAAGACGUCGGUUUUCCGACGCCGGCGUCGCGCGUUUGGGAACGACCUGGAUCUUCAUCUCCGACGCCCAUCUCCGGCCAGGUACGGGAUAGUUCAAUUUCGACUAAUGGGUUGCCUUCUCAGUGCAGGACCCCGCCGGUGGGAGUAGACGUCUACAAGCCGCCGGCUGCCGCGCGCCACAUCCGCCGGGGUGUGCUAAUUCGGCCGUGGAAAGGGCCUCUUCCGCGCCCGCGGCCGAUGCAGCCCGUCGCCCUGGCGGCAUUCAUGCCGCCGCCGUCGUCCGACGGGCCCGCGGCAGACAACGCUCAACGGUCGUUGCAUGAUCCACGUUCUGCGGCAACAUGCAGUGCGUCAGUUACGCCUAACUCCACGCUGCCAAUCGAGACCGGGAGGAUGGGUUCGAGCGAUGGUGGGUCCUCUGCCAGCGCGUCGCAGAUGUCAGGGUGGCCCCGCCGCGUUGACUUUUCUCUUAGGGGAGGAGUCGUACGUGCCUGGGCCCUAAUCCCUACGUGCGAUACGCUUCCAUCACCAUCUCGUUUGCCGCCGCCGCCGCCGCUGAGGGUCUCCUACGCCGCCGCCGUUCGUGUAGGCGCCUCCGCUGGCAUGUCAGGGCGCCUACCUUCCUCGUCCAAAGGCGGUCCGCCGGCAAUGAAGGGAACCGCGCCAUCUUCAGCUGUUGUGUCACAGGACGGCCCUGUCGUACCAUCCCAGUCCCGCUUCACCGGGUUUGGCCCCACGGCCGGGCCGCCAAGGACCGGCGCCUCCGGACAGGCACCGCCGGCUUCCGCUCCUCUCCAACAACCGAUGCUUUUCGGCGUUCCAACAACAGCGGCUGCUCCUCCCACUUCUAGCCGUCCGAGCAACAACAACAAGAAAAAGAAGCGUAAGGGUACCGGCCGGGUUCCUGCAUCGACUGCCUCGGGACCGCCGCUCUUUGUUCCGGUUCCUCAGGCCACGCCUGCUGCUCCUGUGUUGCCUGGCCCUGUGUCGGCUGGGACUUCAACUGUUUCGCCUGCAGCACAGAUUGGAGGGAAGAAGAUUAGUCUUUGGUGCUACAAGUGCAGGACGGACGAUCAUCUUUCUAAGGAUUGUAAUGUGACUCACUUCUGCUACAUUUGCAAUAAUUAUAAGCAUCCUCUUCAUCGCUGCUCUGUGCUGAAGCAGUCGAGACCUAUGGCAGCCUUCGGUGGUGUGGGUCUAAACGAGGCCAUGUUCGUGCAUCUGCCGGACUCAGUUUUUAAGGAGCACCUCGCACCAUCGUCCUCACCAAUCGGUCUGGUUAUGAUAUCGGGAGGCUCGGUGACGGGAGCUGUUGUGGAGGCUGAGAUUGCUAAAAUUGCCUCGGUACAAACUUCAUGGAAGUGGGAGACCGUUCCUCAUGGUGAUGAUGCCUUCUUGGUUGCCUUUCCGUCUAUGGAGGUUUUGCGUCGAGUGUCUGCUUUCGAGUUCAAAGUCAAGUCUCACAAUGUACUGAUUGCUAUCAGUGAAUGGAAAUCAAAAAAUGAUGUCAAGCCUACGUAUAAUCCGCUGAAGCCAGUUUGGGUACAUGUCACCGGAGUUCCACCGCCACUUCGCCACUUUCUUGGUUUGUGGGCAGUGGGUUCCGUCAUCGACGCAACACAGGAUGUUGACUUGAUUUGCUUGCGACGCCGUGGCAUCGUGCGUAUUCAAGUGGCUGUCCUAAAUUUAAAUAUAUUUACGAAAGAGGAUAAUACAGGGAGUGCGUCAGUGUCUGCUGGGGUGUAUGUCAAAUUAAAUGGUUAUGACUUCCGAUUUGUUCUCGAGGAGGAUGAUUUUAAACCCGAUGAUGAUUUUAUCCCUCGAAUUUGGGAACACCAAGAUGAUGGCCCCGACCAUGGGGCAAACCGGGAUGAUGAUUUGCCUGAUCAGGAUGCGAAUAAAAAGGCCAAAAAUUCUGGAGUCUCCGGUGCAGCUUCGUCUGAAUCUCAGUCUGAUGGGACCGUUCCAAUGAACACGGAUGUUGGUUUUGCGGGUGCACAGAGAGUAUGCUCGGACUCACCCAUGAGCACCAUUGAAGAGUCACGCACAACUAGCACCCCAUCUAUUGAUGUGAUACAUGCAGAUAAUUUGGAGGCAAGCGUUGGUGGCCAUGACAGCGCACACGCAGGUCUGGGGCACCCCAAGCGAGUUGCUGCCUUGCAGCCGGUUGAGGGGGAGUUUGGCCCACCAGCUCAGGGCCUGGCGGAAGCCAUCGGCUCAGGUGCAUGCCCAGCUACUGUGCAUGGAGCAGCUGAUGUGUACGGAGCUGCAGAUCUUCGCCAGCGUUUGGACGUGUCGGUUCAGCAGCCGGCUGUUGCUGCAGUCAGCCCACCCACGCAGGCUCGGCAGCAGUCUCCGAUGCUGUCUCACGGGGCUAUUCCGAUGGCGCCAAGUGUUGAUCUUGCUGCACCGACUUCGUCUUCAACACCUACCAUGUUGGCUGCUGCUUCAUCAUUGUCGACGGAUCGUCCGAUGACGCCGAUGGCUCUUAUGUCUGAGGGAAGCUCUCCCCUUCGACGUAGUAACCGUCACCCCCGUCUCAGUUGACGGUUCUUCUCCGACCAACGAACAUGCUAUGGACAAGGCAAUGCGACGUCAGGCUGCACGUAAUUUGGACACCGCUCCAGGUUAUUUUCCGUUGUACGCACUCGCUUCGUACGUGGUAUACGCUACAACGAGUGGAGUACCAACCGCUGUUCAAGGCGGUGUGUAUGCGGUUGGAGCAGGUGGCUACGGAGGUUUUUACCCAACAUGGGUGGCAGCAUAAUCUCCGGAUCGGUCCACCACCCCUUUCGACAUAGGCAUAGUGUCGGUCUAUAUGACUCUACUGUCGCCCAUUUGUCGUUUUUUCUUCCUUUCUUUUUAUCAGACUUUAGGUGAUUGGCUGUGUGCAUCUUAGUUAUGCAGAGGCCGGGUGUUACUCAUAAUGCUUUGUAUCUUCUUGAUGCUACUUUUUGAGAUAAUAAAAGCGCCCUU